ACAUUCCACUCCGACGCCAUUAAAAUUCAGUUGCUUCCCUCUAUUUAUCAAUCAAUCAAACUCUAAACACACAUUUCUUCUUCAAUUAAUCAAGCUCAUUAACCUCUCAAUCUUUGAUUAACUACGCGCUUACGAUCAAACCUGUAAUGGAUGAACUGAAAGUGAAACCGGAGGAAUCACUUGUGGCCACCGCCACCGCCACUGCCACCGCGUCUUCUUCUUCUUCUUCUUCCUCUUCAUCCGUCACUCCCCAGCCGAUCUCAGGCUUACACGACGUUGGUCCACCUCCAUUUCUGACGAAGACCUUUGAAAUGGUCGAAGAUCCAUUGACGGACUCUAUUGUUUCCUGGAGUAGAGCUCGUAAUAGUUUCAUCGUUUGGGAUUAUCACAAAUUCUCUAGUACCUUGCUGCCUCGUUACUUCAAACACUCCAAUUUCUCUAGCUUCAUUCGUCAACUCAAUACUUAUGGUUUUCGUAAAGUCGAUCCUGAUCGAUGGGAGUUUGCGAAUGAGGGGUUUCUGGGCGGACAGCGGAAUCUGCUAAGAACCAUAAAGAGGAGAAGACAUUCACACCAAAGCAUUCAGCACCAUGGAGGAACAUGUGUUGAAUUAGGGCAAUUUGGACUGGAAGCUGACCUUGAGAGGUUGAGAAGGGACAGAAGCACGUUAAUGGCGGAAUUAGUGAGAUUGAGGCAGCAACACCAAAGCUCAAGAGAGCAAAUAAUGGCCAUGGAGGAUAGGUUAGAGAAAGCAGAGAGUAAACAGAAGCAGAUCAUGACGUUCCUCAGCAAAGCCCUCAAGAAUCCUUCAUUCGUUCAGAAAUUUAUUAAUAGUAAUCAGGGAAGGGAAUUGAGAGGCGUAGAAAUUGGAAGAAAGAGAAGACUAACUGCCAGUCCAAGUGUAGAGAAUCUCCAGGAUGAGAAUGUACCAGUAGCUGUUAAACAAGAAGAGCUAGAAACUUCUGAACCAGAUAUAGAGACGCUCUUAACAGUCAACUUUGAAGACGAGUCAAGCAUUGAGAUCGCGGACCCUGUUUCCGACAUGGGUCAUUCUGUCCACGAGGAAUCGGGGAUCUUCAGUCAAUUUUGGGCUGAAGAUUUUGUAGCUGUCCAUCCAGAAGAACCCACAAUCGUUGUUAAUCAAUCAGACAUUGAUGUGGAAGUGGAGGAUCUGAUUGCUGAACCCCCAGAUUGGACUGAGGACUUGCAGGAACUUGUCGAUCAAAUGGGGAUUCUCCGAUCGAAGCCGUAGAUAUAACAGUAGUUAAUAUGUUUGCCAUUUUGCUUCUCUUCGUGUGGAAUAGGUUUCAGCUGGCUCGUGUAGGAAGGAACGGUGGAUGUUGCAGGGGAGCCAGAGAUUGUUCCUGUUUCCUUAUAUCCUUUGAAACUCAUUGGCUUUUUCAAUAUUAUGUACUUAAUAUUCUUGGUUGUGUUCAAUUGGUUUGUGGUUAUUUUUUUUGUUCAUCCAUGGUUUUAUUUGCAGGCAUGUGCAGAGAAAGGAAGCCUGCGAGAAGAUUCAGUCAUAUUCUUAUUUCUUUACCAUUAAGUCAGAGUAACUAUUCCAUUCAUUAAUUGGAACCCAAUAACUGCUAUUCAUUUGAAAUAAGAAGAAUUCGCAUGGUUGUUUUCUCAAGAGGAAGAAAAUUGAUAAACCUAGAGGUAGUUGGUCUCUUUUUCUCUCUCUCUAGAAUGCUCCUUACAGGACGAGAGCUUUUGAUCAAUGGCCCCGUAGGCACACAUUUGAGAUUCCUUGUAUUUAUUGCUUUGCUGGGAUUGAACACGCAGCAAGAUAAAAUGGGCCCUGAACCAUAGAAUUGUUUUCCUUUUCCCUCACGUUUAGGGGAUCGGAAAAUAAAAUAUCGGUUCUUUAUUCCAGGGAAGUCAAUGAUCCAGUGAAACAAGAUAUGAACUACUCAAAUCAUUCCAGGCAGAAAGAAGGAUGAGUUCCAUUUACAUGAAAAUGCGACAAAUCAGAGGUUUUGUUAGGGGCACCAGAGGCAGAAGCUUUAGAUGGGCGCUGUCACAGACUCACAGGCACCCUGGGGCUGGGAAUCCCCAUAUAUGAGAGCCUAGGAGACAUCCUGAUUUUCGGGCUCGGCCGUGGUGAAGGUAUUGGAAGCGAGCCUCCGAAGAAACCUGGUGACGGUCUUGGUGACAAGUUCACUUGCUCCAGUGCUCGUGCUUGCAACUCUGCUGGAUACUCCUUCACACAACCUAUUCUGGGGCCAACUCCACUGCUCCAUCUGCAUAGCAAGCGCUUUGGAAUGUCUAUCAACGCUGCCUCUCUGCUGCUACCCUGAUUUUCUUGCUGCUCAUUAGUUGUAACCAACUUGACGGGUACUGCCAAAUCAACAUCAUCUGCAACCAUGUCUUGUGAAGAUGUUGCCGCAGAUGUUUCCUCGCUCGUGUUGUUAAGCGAGUAGUUGUCAUCAUCUACCGAACACCUCUGAGUAAUUAGGAAGAAAUCCCCAUUGAGAAAAUAUCAUGCAAUCUGAAAAGAAGCUGAUAUAGAAAAUUACAUCCAUGUAGUUAUAUAUCUAAUUUCUUACCUUAACGUUGGUCAAGUCCACUGUAUGUUCUUCAAGGAAACUAAUGAACUCCUUAAAAUUGUUCUCUGUUGGGAGGUAAUGACCACUGUAUGGCCAUAUAGCCUAAAGAAAAUUCAAAUGAAAACAUCACCCUAUGAAUUACUCGUUCA